AUGCCUAGGAGGUGUGUCAUUUGCAAUGCUUACGAUAAAAAAAGUGACAAAUCAUUUCAUUGCUUUCCUAAGAAUAAAGAUCGCAAGAAGUUGUGGUUAAAAGUUUGUGGAAUUGAUAUCCAUCUACCAUCAUACAGAGUCUGUGAGGAUCAUUUUUCUGAUGAAGACCUUUUACCAAGUGGUUUCUUAAAAAGUAUUGCUAUUCCAGUAAAUAUAAAUUCUAAACAGCCAGAAUUAUUAGAAUCCACAAAUACAGGUAGUAGCAGUAAUUCUAGUCAAUCAUUUAAAGAAACUGAUAUUACAGAACUUAUCAACUUGGGAUUUUCUAGAGAGCAGGUAAUUCAAGAAUUAAAAAGAUUCAAUGGAAAUAAAAAUCAAGCAAUGGCCUCCUUAUUUGCAAAAAUAUUAAAAUUUUGA